UUGGCCAAUCGCCGGGCCCACCGCGCGCGCCCCUGGUUGCCCCUGGAAACCCAACAGCCGGCGUCUGGGAUCCGCCGCGCCAGCCGACCUGGAGGGAAGAUGGACCGCAGCUCCGAGCACCGUGGGGACCUCGGGGGGGAAGACGGAGAUGUGGCUAACCUGUCCCCCAAACUGUCCGGGAUCAAGGCCACCCCCGGCCCCGACUCCCCGGCCGAACCGCCGGAGCCGGAGCCGGGGACCAUAGAGGCUUCGGAGGGAGGUGCCGCGGAGGACGAGCCCGCCGAGCCCCGGGAAGCGCCGGCGGCCACCGCGGCUGUGGACCAGGCGGGACCCGGGGAGCCGGAGCCGCCGGCCGAGGCGGAGACCGAGCCGGGACCCGGGGAGCCGGCCGACGCCGGGCCUGAGGACACAGCCCAGCCGGGGCCCGAAGGCGGGUCCGCGGAACCGGAGGAGAGGGCGGAGGAGGAGGAGGAGGAGGAGGAGGAGGAAGAGGGGGAGGAGUCGGAGGAGGGAGCGGAGGCCGCGGCAGCGGCGGUCAAGGGGAGGAGGAAGAAAGCCCCCCCGGCGGUCUCUGUGCCGCUGUCCACCACCGGCCAGGAAGAGGCUGCGCCAAGCCGGGAGGCUGAGCAGGAGGAGGGGGAGGAGGAGGAGGAGGAGGAGAGCGAGGAAAUCAAGGCGAGGGGUGUGCGAGGACACCCGGUGAAAAGCAAGGAAAAGGAGGAAGGUGAGAGACUGGACGAGGAGGAGGAUGAAUGGACGGAGGAGACGCAGAAGCUGCAGGAGCACCAGCUGCGCGCGGAGCUCCUGGAACAGUACCGGUCGCUGGUGGUAGAGCGCAGCAACUACCAGCGUUACAACAUGUACCUGCAGCACAAGAUCUCCGAGGCGCUGCGCAAGAAGAAGGGCCUGGAUGCGGCCGAGGUGCCCGACAAGGGCAUGGAGCCCGAGGCCCCAGAGAAAGAGCAAGCAUACCUCCGCCAUCUGGCCUUGCUGGAGGAGCUGAGGAAGCAACAGGCAGACGACCUGGACUGGUAUCACCAGGAGCUGAAGCAGCUGAAGCAGCAGUGCAAGGAGGUGCUCUCCAGCGUGGAGAAGGAAUGGGCAAGCUUCCAGGCCCUCAAGAGGCAGGUGGUGAUGCAGGCCAUGGGCAGCUGCCGGAUGCGCGGCGGUCGCCAGGCUGCUCUGCGAGAGGUGGAGCAGAUCCAGGAGCUGGAGGCUAAGAAGGAGAAGGAGAUGCGCGCCGUGAGGCUGGAGAACGUGCAGCUAAAGCAGAGCUUGGUGCAUUUUGAAACGCGGACGAGGGCCCAGGAGGACCUGACGGAGGGGCUGCUCCUCAUCGAUUUUGAACAGCUGAAGAUCGAGAACCAGACCUUCAAUGAGAAGGUGGAGGAGCGAAAUGAGGAACUUUUAAAACUGCACAACAAGAUGACCAACAACGUGCAAAUAAUAACCCACGUGAAGGAGAAGUUACACUUUGUGGACAUAGAAAAUGUGGGCAAAAAGACACAGCUUUUGGAAAUGGAGGCCCAGGUGGCCCUGAGGAGGGACAUCCUGACCAGGAGGAAGCAGGCCCGGGACAGCCUGCGGGCUGACAACAUCAAGCUGAAUCAGAGGUGCGGGCUUCUGGGCAAGGAGCUGCUCCUUCGGGACAUGGAAGAGAAGGUGGGCAGAACAGAAGUGCUCAACCGGCGCCUGGAGUCCCUGAAGCGCCAUCACGCUGGGCUGACUAUGUCCUGCAGAGGUAUGAAGCAGAAGAUCAGGGAGGCCAAAGCCUUUCUCCCAUCUUAACACCCACGAUCGCAAGAGUCAGCAGAACGUCUUUGAUCUCAGCAACUUUUAUCCUUCGUUAACUUUUAUUCUCCACUUGUGGCCCUCCUUCAAAGGCCUACGGUGUUGGGGAUGAUGCUGUAUUUUGUAUUAAUCUCAUCAUUUUCAGCUCCUCAAUUAGUCCUCAGCAAAAUUGGGCUAGCCGUCAACUUUACACGGGGUGAAGUCAAACAGGCCCAAAGAAACAGCUGUGAUGACUUAAUGUACCUGACUUCUAGAAGCCUUGCGGUAGCUGAGCAAUUCCGUCAUUUCAAUGACCUGAUCCUGAGGAAAACUUCCUCCAUAUGUCAGAGGGUUCAACAAACGGGCGCGGAACCAAGAAAUGUCCUGUGCAUUCAGCUAAUUAUUAAAUUCCCUUUGAAUGUAUUAAACUGUGUAGUUCUGAGUCACAUCCUCAACUCAAAGCUCACUAGUUUCCUUCGAUGAAUCUAAACUUGUUUUGUAUGUAAGCAGCACUGGCCUCUGGGUAAUAAACAAGAUGAGGGAAACGGGAGAAAUGACAAAUAGGAAAAGGAGCUGAGGUUCUGUCCUCUGUCCUCUUUCCACAAGAGGAGGCUCGGUCUGCUUGACCGUUAACGCUUGCUUCUGGCUCAACGACAGUCUGCAAUUCUAACGAAACGUUUUCUGGGAUCCUCUCAAGAAACGCAAUUAUCUACACAAAGACGUGAAACUCUGUUGUCCGUAAGCCUUUCGUUCUUGGCAAGGUAUUUUUGGAUCUUGGCAAGAGGCCCCUCACUAUGCAUGUGAUUUUACUCUGUAUCAAAUAUUAAAGUGUCUACUAUUCCUUGCGUUAAUGUAAGAAACACCUGAUAGGUCCACCUCUUUCGUCCAGAAUCAGUGAUUCCAUUUCCAGUUUCCUUUGGUGCCUUUGGAGCUAGGGGCUUGGCUUUGUUUCUUCUUAGCUUUCAGUUGAAUUUGGAGAUGGGCAGAUUUGGGAUUAGAAGUAUUCUCCCAUCCCUAAGCUUAAGUAGGUCGUAAGAAGGAUGAGCUGGCUUUGGGUGCCGAACACCUGUAAAGGAGGACAGAAACCCCUCUCCGGGCAGAUGACGCAGUUCGUCGUGAGAAGGUCAACGAUGACUCUAGCUUCUGGGGCUGCGACUGUCUUCUAAGGUGUGUUCCCUCUGAAGCCAAUAAAGGCUGAUUAAAAUUCCUUUCCUAACUUUUACAGCUUGGACACACUCGUUUAUAUAGGAUCACACUUGUCAAACCGCACAAACAUAACAAUGA